GGCGGGGUGGAGCUCAGCUCUGCCGGUACCUAGCACAGCAACACGCCUACUCUAUCAAUUGCUGCCUUCUGGCUGUUCGUGUCCUUCAGAAUUGUCACUUGACCCACCAAUCGGCAGAGUAUCACAGGCCAACAUGGCAACAAUGAAGGCCGUAGUCUUCAAAGGGCCGCAUAAGGUCGUCAUCGAAGACCGCCCUGUUCCGGCAAUCAAAGACCAGACGGACAUAAUUGUGAAAGUGGACAAGACGGCAUUAUGCGGCAGUGAAUUGCAUGUCUAUCGCGGACAUCAACCAUCAGGCACAGACUUCAUCAUGGGUCACGAGUUCACAGGUCUCGUAGAAGAGGUGGGCUCGGAGGUCAAGAAUUUCAAAAAGGGUGACCGCGUUGUCACCCCCUUUACGGUAUCCUGCGGAGAGUGCUUUUACUGCACGCGCGGCUUCUCAUCCCGCUGCGCUAAAGGCCAGCUUUUCGGAUCUGUAGGCCUGGAUGGCGGCCAAGCGGAAUACGCACGCAUCCCUCUAGCCGACAGCACUGCUGUCAAAGCACCGGAAGGCAUCAAAGACGAAGCGUUGGUGCUCAUGGCAGACAUCUUCCCCACUGGUUGGUUUGCUGUGGACAAUGCAUUCAAAAUGAUUCCCAAGGAGGACAUCAGCAACAGCACCGUCGUUCUGAUCGGGUGCGGCCCAGUGGCACUCUGCGCCCUUGUCAACCUGGUGGACUACAAGCCAAAGAACAUCCUUGCGGUUGACUCGAUCCAAUCACGUCUAGACCUGGCGAAGAGCUUAGGAGCCGAGCCCUGGAACUUCCAGACUGAUCGAGAAGGGCUGGACAAGCGGGUCAAGGAGCUCACUGAAGGCAGAGGCGCGGAUGCUGUAGUGGAAGUAGUCGGCCUGUCGCCCGCUCUCAAGAUGGGCUACGAAUUGCUGCGACCGUGGGGCGUGCUCUCUUCUGUUGGUGUACACAACGGGGAGAUUCCUUGGACGGGCAACCAAGCAUACAACAAGAAUCUGCGCGUGCAGAUGGGCCGCUGCCCGGUCCGCAGCGUGUUCCCAAAGGCACUGGAGUCACUGAAGAAGCAUCAGGACAAGUUAGGGUUCAUGGCGGACAAGAUCAUGCCGCUCUCGCAGGCCGUCGAGGGAUACGACCUCUUCGACAAGAUGCAGGCGCAGAAGGUGGUGUUUGAGGCGCAGAAGUAACCAAUGACGGAUGCGGAGGA